AUGCCGAUUCAGCAAGGACCUCCGAACAUGCCACUCGUCACGCAAAGCCAAACAACACCUCAUGAAGACGAUCUCUCGGCAUUGCCAAUUUCAGUCCCGACCACCAUGAUGCCGAAACCCAACAAAUCUGCGACAGCAGUCUUCGCGAUCCCGGAGCUGCUGGAGAUGAUACUCGUUCUCCUGCCAGCCCACGACAUUCUGCGCGCACAAGCCGUCAGCCGUACCUUUCGUGACACUAUCACAGGCUCGAAGCAGCUACAGCGCCUAUUGUUCCUCGAGCCUUCCGGAGCACCACCACACAUACACGCAUCAACGGAAGACAUCAACACACUGCUACUCGAGAAAGCGGUAAGUCUCCCUGCCUUUCAACUCCGCACGCUCUAUCCCGAGCCUGUAUUCAACUCCAAGCUCUCGAUUCCACAGUUGGACUUUACUUCCGGAUUAGAUUUGGCAGUGUCGGUCAGCAGCUACUACGUCUACAUCUUCUGCGACAUCCGACGCGAGUUCCAGUGGCAGACUCUUCUCGAUGGAUAUACUUCAUCCUCAAAGGAUGCCGCUUGGCGUCGCAUGCUGGUACGACAGCAGCCGAUUCUCGAGAUCCAAGUCAUUUUGCGCUCUGCAGGAGGUCACUGCCAGAGCAGGAUGACGUUCCCACCCACAACAACGUUCGGCAGUAUCAUUGACUGGAUGGAGGCUGAGCAUCUCGCGUGGCAAGGUACUAGUGGCGUAGUAUUCAGUACGACGCGCCGUGUAAGCUACUUGCUCAACGAGGACAAGGUCAAUGAGCUGUUGGAAAUCAUCAAGAACAAGAACGGGCCUCUUGCGUACACUGCAUGCCAAAUUCUUCGCCAGAUGGUUCGCAAGAUCCAUCAGGAAAGCUUUGAUCAGCAUCAGGGAAGCUGGAAGGGGAGGCUUUACAGCAAUGAAGAUCACGAGUGCAUAUGGCGGGCAAGGAGGGACCUCGAGGCGGCUCUGGACAGUAGCGAAAUGAAUCGGGAGUAG